GGCGUGGUUGGUAUGUGAGUCACGUGAUCCAUGAUUUGAUUUUCAAAUAAAGCGCGAGAAUUGCAAUAUUGCAUUAGGGAACUAAGAGAAGAACAAAUUCAAAAUCUAUCUUUUAAAAUGGCUAGCAAGCACCCAGGACAGCCCUCUAAGCCUCCAAGAAAGCAUCAGUCGACGCCUAAACCAAAGCAAAAGGAGAAAGACCCAGUUCAGGUAUAUUGUCGACUCCGGCCACUCAAACAAGACGAGAACGAGUCCUGUGCUGAGGUCAAGCCUCCAUCUAUACUCCAGCUGACCCCGCCUGAAUGCUCCAUUGCCUACAAAUCUGGAAACUUCAAUCCUACUCAGCAUCAUUUUAAGUUUGUAUUUGACGGGAAGACGAGUCAGAAGUGUGUCUUUGACGAUAUUGCAUAUCCACUCGUUUCCAACCUUGUACUAGGAAGAAAUGGAUUAUUAUUUGCCUAUGGAGUCACUAACUCUGGUAAAACAUACACAAUGACAGGUGAGCAGGAUCAGCCAGGGAUCUUGCCUCGUGUAAUGGACGUACUCUUUAACACAAUAACCGAAGUUCAGGCACCUAAACAUGUUUUUCAGCCAGAUGCCACUAACGGGUAUAAAAUAAUACCAGAGGAAGAAGCUAAACUAAUUUCUGUUCAAAGGAAACCGAGAAAGAUCAGCCCAAGAGCCAAGUUAGAGACACCAGAUUAUGGGGACCUCUUGCGUGUCUCUGAUGGACGGAAAGUGGAUGGAAUUGACGAGGACUCGAGUUAUGCUAUUUUUAUAUCUUACGUUGAGAUUUAUAAUAAUUUUAUAUACGACCUACUGGAGGAGAAUGGAGACAGUCUGCAUCCAAAACCUCCUCAGUCAAGGAACAUAAGAGAGGACACUUCACACAAUAUGUAUGUCAGUGGUUGUAUCGAAGUUGAAGUCAAAUCGGCCGAAGAAGCCUUUGAAGUUUUACUACAAGGACAAAGGAAGAGACGCGUUGCACACACCCAACUUAAUCAUGACAGCAGUAGGAGCCAUGCUGUGUUUAAUAUCAGGCUAGUUCAGGCUCCCUUGGAUCCUAGUGGGGCCCAAGUGUUGCAGGAUGACUCUCAAAUCACUGUAUCACAGCUAUCUCUUGUUGAUCUGGCCGGCUCAGAGAGAACUCACCGAACUUGCAAUGAAGGGAAUCGGGUGAUGGAAGCAGGUCGCAUUAAUCAAUCUUUAAUGACUCUAAGAAAAUGUAUGGAGACACUCCGCGAGAACCAGCGUAAUGGGACGAACAAGAUUGUGCCGUACAGGGAUUCAAAGUUGACCGUGUUGUUUAAGAAUUAUUUUGAUGGCGAGGGCAUGGUACGAAUGAUAGUCUGUGUCAGCCCAAGAGCUGAGGACUAUGAUGAAUCAAUUCAUGUGAUGAAUUUUGCUGAAGUAACUCAAGAAGUUAAAAUUGACAGGCCAGCCCCUAAAAAAUCUGAUAUUGGGUUAGCCCCUGGUAGGAGAAGAGCUAAUAUGAUCUAUCGCACUGUAGUUGCUCCACGUACACCACACCCCUACGAAUUAGCUCUGGGUGUACUAUGCAUACAAGAGUAUUUAUCUGAGGACAAUCCUGAGGCCAGUUGUAGAGAGUUGAGAGAGUUUUUGGAAAAAAGACUAAAGACCCGACCACAACUGAUAGCAGAUCAAGCAAAGAAGACGUCUUUAUUCAGAGAGGCUCUCAUAUCAACGGAGAAGGAACUGAAUGAAUUAAGAUCAAAAUGUCAAGAGAUUCAUUCAUUAAAGUCUAGUAAGGAGAAAGCUCAGCAAGAACUCACUCGACUUAAAGGAGUAAUAACAGCACAAAACAAAGAAAUUGCACAGUUAAAUGGCAGCAUACAAUCCUUCAAGAUGGAACUGGAAGAGAAAGAGAAGGAGAAGAUUCGCCUUAAUAAUCAACUGACUAAAGCAAUACAAAAAAAUGACCAUCUCCUCAGGGAAAGUUCCAACUACAAGGCACAAUUGGAAGUGAAGGCACAUGAUAUUAAUACUCAAGUGACCAGAUCGGCUAAGAUGACACGUGAAUUAGAAGGUCAAGUUCAACGGGAGAGAGCCAAGUUUGAGAGAUUAGCCAAGGCUAAGGAACAAACCGAGAUGGAGUGUCAAGCAAAAGAAGAGAAAAUAGCUCAAGUCCGUGACUUCUUGCACGCGUGUAACUCUCCACUCAGAGAGGCAAGGUUGGAUGCAGCUCGGUCUAGAGGCAACACUCCAUUGAAAACCUCCAAUAAAGAGAAUAAAACUGAAGAAGGAACUGCCCCAUUAUAUACAAAGGGUAAGGCACAGAGGAAACGCUCUUUAUCUGAGAACUGGUUGGAGCACAAACCGACUGACUGUGUUGAAAACAAUGACAUACUCCAGCCUAGGUUCAAGAAAAAGAAAACCGUCACUAAUCCAAAACCUAAACACUUCAAAUCACAAAAUGUAGAUAAAUACGUAUUAAAGCAUCAGGAACAAGAUCCUUCUGGUGACGUUAAAACAGAGCUAUACAAAGGGGAUAUUUUAUUCACUCGUACCGGAGGGGCGUCUGUGAAAUUCACCGACAUUGAGAAACUUGAUCAUGUCUCGCCAAAGCCAUCCCGACGCAUAACGAGAUCACUCUCAAUGAAGAAUAUGUCGUCAUCUUCGAUAUCUACUGUUGAUACCGAUAGCCUUCAUGAUGCCUUGAUGGAAGAGGAGGAACGGACUGACGUUGAAGGAAGAUGUGCUAUCUGUAUUGAAGGCAAGCCUGGAGGAACAGCACCGGCUUUGAGUCAUAUCUCAUUAACAAGGUCACCACAACCAAGCAGUUCUCGUCAUUAGUGUCCCCUCCCACCACCUUUGUUCUGUGACGCAUAAUUAACAAUUAAUAUUAACAAUAUUAAAUAUAAUUAUUAAUCUGUUGUAUUGUCAUGAAGUUAUACAUACUAGAAAUAAAUAAAUAAAAUAAUAAUAAUUGAUAAAAAAAAUUAAUUGAAAUGAUUCGAUAAUUCUUCCUUUUCUUUAUUAUCCAGUGAUAGCUUCUCUUGUGCAAUGUUAA